AUGGUCCAGUGGCUUGGCUCGAUCACCACCCAGAAAGACUCCUCUCUGGCGGGUGUCUUCAUGAUCAACGGCGAGCCAUGGGUGUUUGAGAAUUGUGGAAAGAUCGCUCCCUUUCAGAAAGCUCCGGCGGUUGUAAAUAUCCCCUGGAAGGAGGUCGAAAGCAUUCGCAAUUCGCUUCGCCGGCGUGACCCUUUCCGCGCGACUAUCAGCGGAUCGACGAUGGAAAUUGUCUGGGCCAAUGGUGUGAGGAUCACAGCCAAUGUUCCCCAUUCGGCCAGCUAUGGCUCAUUUUCGGGAGAAGGGGGCUGGAGGACGCAGUGA